AUGAGAGCAAGAACAGAGGAUAUACUGCGAAACUAUGGCGUGUCAGCAAGGAAUGGCUUUCUCCCUGAACAGCCUCCUGUGGCAAGUCUGCCAGAUAUCUACUAUGCCCCUUGGGAAUCCAUCCUACACUGCCUGCCGACUUUGAUCACCACGUUGAGUAUAAGGUCGGAAAUUGAUGCUUUACCUCUCCUCGAUACGUCGAGAUUACACACGGAAGCCGAAUGGCAGAGAGCAUACUCGAUAUUAGGGUUCUUGACGCACGCCUAUAUCUGGGGAGGAGACCGCCCAGCGGAUCGGCUACCUCCUCAAAUCACCUGCCCUCUCCUCGAAGUAUCUGAACAUGUUGGUUUGCCGCCAACGGCGACGUAUUCAGGGCUGAAUCUGUGGAAUUGGGAAUUGAAACCUGACCAAGUCGACUUGACCAAGCCUGAGAACCUAAGGUCACUGCAAACGGCCACAGGAACUCGUGAUGAAGAGUGGUUUUAUCUGAUAUCAGUCUCCGUGGAAGCUAAGGGAGGUCCUUUGAUACACGCCAUGCUCCAAUGUGUAGAGGCAGUCGAAAGAGGUGACGACGAGGCCAUUGAGCACCAUUUACGACACAUGACCGUAGGGAUUCAAGAACUUGGCACUCUUCUCAACAGGAUGCACGAGCAUUGCGACCCCCAGGUAUUCUACCAUGUCCUACGGCCACUCCUCGCAGGUUCGAAAGGGAUGGCUGCAGCAGGCCUUCCCAACGGAGUCUUUUAUGAUGAGGGCAACGAUCAUGGGCAAUGGCGACAGUACAGUGGUGGCAGCAAUGCACAAAGCUCCCUGAUACAGCUGUUUGAUAUUGUUCUUGGAGUCGACCAUCACGCCACCGGAUCCUCUGAGACUAAGAAGUUGGCGGACUCGUCCAAAACAGGCAGCUUCAUUCAAGAAAUGAGAAACUAUAUGCCUCGGCGACAUGGAGAAUUUUUAAGCUACAUGACCGAAAGAGGUCAUGUGAGAGAAUACGUAGACAAGCAGGACCUUGGAUCUACGAUUCGCUCGACCUACAAUGCUGCAGUCGAUGCAUUGGUUGCAUUUCGAAAUGUCCACAUCCAAAUUGUGGCCCGGUACAUUAUCAACCCAUCACGAUGUCCCCCAUCAGAGAGAAUCCUUCAACGCAGAAGUCUCAAUCUUGCAACGGCUUCUUCCAGAGCAGGGGAAGCGGGUGGGCUUGAGAAGCAGCAAUUGGCGGGUACAGGUGGUACUAUGCUGAUUCCGUUCCUCAAGAAGACCCGGGAUGAGACGGGAGAAGCUGUGAUGUUGGAGUAA